AUUUCACCAUAUGGUAGUAGUUCAUGCCGUUUCAACAUGGUUCUGUGCGAAAAGAUGAAUAAAGUUGGUCAAAAACUAMGAUAUCUGAUGCUUCGUCCCUCUUAAGCUUAUGAUUUUCUUAAAACAAAGGCAUUGAUUUAGUACCAAUGGGGACAGGAAAUUCUAAAGAACCAAAACCUAAAUACUGCAAUCACUCGCCACUGCCUGAAGACUCUGUACAAUAUGCAGGUUCAAGGUACACCUACUUACUUUGUCAGGUACAAGUACAGUUGUCAUCGAAUAUGACUUUUGGAUUCUCUGGUGGCCGUCCAAUGGUAACAACUAACAUUGAUAGCUACUACCAAAUGCUGUCUCAAUACUGCCAACAAGGAUACACUCUGAAUACAUUUUAUCGAGUGCCUUUUGUUGCACAGGCAUCAGGCUUUGGCUCGGUUGUCAUGCCUUAUGAAGCYAUGUUUUCAAAACCAGCAGAUGGGUCUUUGCCUGAUGGAGGUGUACAAUAUGACUUAAGAAUUGAAAAGUCACUAAUGCAUGUUCAGGCCAUGAAUUUUGGUGUAAUAACAGGGACACGUGGUGUAGUUGCCAAUACAAGUGACAUAAUCCAAAAGAUAGCACAGCAUUCCAGCCAGGGUGGAAGACUGAUAUGCGUAGAGAUGGUAUGGGUGUUGACUUAUUAUUCAGGAUCCCUCGCACUCCAAAUUCUACAUUAUACAGCUAUCAGUGUGUCAAUAUACCAAUAGGAUUUCGAGUUAAUCCUGGYUUUUCUUCAUCUGUGAGUGUUGAAUGUGACUUCAUGGGAAAUUUUGCAGCAUAUUUGAAUCAAGGCUGGAAACUUGUAGAGAUAUUUCUAGACCAAGGCAUGCAAGCUCAUGGAGCCUUCACAAUGUCAGCACAAAUGAACUCAGUGUGGUUUUUUGAGAAAGAGACUGMCAAGGUUAAUGAUGCAACCCCUGUUUAUGAAGGAACUAUUAUAACUUACGAGCAUAUAAUUAAGAGCGGUUUUGGUGGCGUGAAGGUUAAAAGUGAUUGGUCACCAUUACUCCAGCAAAUGGGGGAGAGAGGCUGGGAACUAGCAUGCCUGUUGGAAACUCCACAACAACAAAGGACGGGAUUCACUACAGCGAGUGUUACAAUUCUGUUUUUCUUUCAACGAAAAAUAAUUCGCUAAUGAUGAAAAGAUGUAUAUUAAAUUUAUUCUGAAUAAUACACAAAURUAUAUUUUAUCAGGUUACUCUUGCACGCAGACGUAGAAUGAGGAUAUUGAAUUUCGAAGGAUUAGAUAUAGAUGGGCGCCAAUGUUUACGUUUUAGCUAAUUUGCAUAAAAGUCAGAAAUCGAAUUUCAAGAAACAAGAAAAUCAAGCCCAUAAAUGAAAAGAACUCAUAACUGUUAAMAAUUCCUGCAAAUUUGAAGGCAAUUGGUUAAAUAUUUCUAGAGAUAUCAAGCGUCGAAUUUGCAAGAUUUUCUAAAGAAAUGACCGUGGUUGGCAUUAUUUUGCCAACCACUGAAUGUUUUCUAUAGAUUUUGUAGUUUUCAAAUGCCGAUAUCUCGAAAUGUAAAAAAGCGUUUGCCCUAAAAUUUUCAGGUUUUGUUGACAUUAAUAUAAUCUUGAAUGGUAUGAGUUCAGAUUGCUUAUAUUUUGAAUUUUAUAUUUCGGAUGUAAACAAACUGCGUCAUCGUACGCCCACCUAUAAGAUGUAAGAUAUGGGAUCCUGAAGUGACUAUAUAAAAAAAACUCUUUGUAGUCAAAAAGAGUUGUCCUAGUGGUGCGGAACGUUCCUACACUUUGAAAUGUUAUACUAAAUAAAAGUCUGAAUCUGAA